AUGCCUCCAAGUCGCUAUAUCUCAUCGCCUGAUUUAGCAAAGCAUCCAAUAAAUAUGCAUUUGAGCCAAUUGCAACAUUCUCAACUUCAACUCGCAUCUCAAUUGCACCAAAAAUUAGCAACCGCCGGAAAUCUUCCAACAAAUUUUCUCAACUUAUCAAUGGGUCAUUUACCAUUUCAUUUACCGCCAAUGUCACUAGCUAGUUCCUUUAAUCAGUCACUGGCAGCAUCAUUGGUAGCGCAAUCAUUUCCUAAUUUAUUGGCUUUCACCAAAGCGCCCAUGUCAUUGACGUCAUCAAAAUCUGAAUAUCAGUCACAAAAAAAUACUGAAAGGUUAGAUUUAAGUUCUCAUCAUCAUCCUUACGACAUCUUAUCAAAGAACUCUGACCUUGAUGUACUCAAUCUGAGCCGUAAAAAUAAAAUACCAAAGCAUUUGAGUGAGAUUAAUCAAGACAUGGCACAUCAUGGUGGUUCACCACCACAUAACAAGAAUCCAUUAAUGGAACAGGGAAAAUCUCACUCUUCGCAAGCACCUCCAAAGCGCCAGUGGGGCACAAUUCCACCAAAUUUAGGCACACAAUUUAUAAAUCCAUCAACAGGGAAGAAGCGAGUUCAAUGUAAUGUUUGCUUUAAAACAUUUUGUGACAAAGGUGCUCUCAAAAUUCAUUUCUCUGCGGUGCACUUACGUGAAAUGCAUAAAUGUACAGUCGAAGGAUGUAGUAUGAUGUUCAGUUCAAGACGUUCUCGGAACCGUCAUAGUGCAAAUCCAAAUCCUAAACUUCAUUCACCACAUUUGAGAAGAAAAAUUUCUCCACAUGAUGGUCGAAGUGCACAACCUCAUCCCAUGCUGUUACCACCACCAACUGCACUUCCAUUGCGAGGUGGAUUGCAUCCAUUCAAUCAAUUUCAACUUCUUCCACAAGGAGAUUUACGUCAUCAAUCAAUGGCGUCACUUGAAUUUAAACAUAACAUGGAAGCAUUUUGUCUGAAAGAACAUCAACGAAGACAACAUGAAAGUAGACGUGAAAGUUACGAAGAACAAAAGAGUGUGGAAGCUUUAAAGCGAAUGUCGAGAAAUAUUGACAACGAUAAUGUGAGUGUUGGUAAUGAUCAAAGCGACGAUGAUGACGUUGACCACAUAAAUAUUGACAAUGGAAUGAGUUCAGAUUCGGAAGAUGAAAAUUCUCAAAUGAACAUGUAUUACACUCCCGAAUCAGAGAACUAUGGAGAAACUCACGAUGACGAACCUCAAGACUUCAGUAUGAGCUCGAAAAAUAAGCCGGACAAUGUAGUUCCGGAGAACAGGGCAAACAAUGAAAGUAGCAAUGAAGAAUCUGUAACGACUGAUCAAUUAAAAGACGAAUAUUCGGCAUCAAAUAAUCACUCAAAUAAACGAAAGCGUAAAAAUCAAAAUCCAACGAAAUGUUCAAUGUCACCAGUGAUGAUCCCUAAUGAAAAUGACAACAUGUCUGACGACAAUGAUGAAUCUUAUGCUUCCAAGAUAAAAGAAGAACCGGAAGAUAUUUCUCUGCCUCAAAGUAAGAAGUUUAAGCAGUCUUACAGUGAUGAAGUUGACGUGCAAUCUCAGCAUAAAAAACGUGAUGUUGAUAACGAAUCUAACGAGGAAACUUUAAAUCUUUCGGUGAAAAGAUUCAAAGAAGAGACUGACUUCGAUAAACAAACGAAAGUUGAACUAGAGAGUUUACAUCAAGCAAACACUUUGCGACAACUUGAACAAAUUUCACAUAAUGCGGGAGCUUUUAAUUCAAUCAUGAACGGGUCUAAUAUUCUUGGUCCACAAUUUCCGCCUCUUAAUUUUCUCAUCAACAAUGACUCACCUAGUCCAAUAAUUUCUCGUUCAAGAACACCCACGCCAGAACGUGUUGAUAAUGAAGAAAAUCGUUCACAAUGCUGCGAAAAUGGCGUGUUGAUGGAAGACAAUAACGGCGUGAGUAAAUGUUCAAUGUGUGGAACAAGAUCACAUUUUCCAAAUGAACAAAUGUCAAAUUAUGUUUGCAAUAUCGAUGGAUGCAAUGCCGCUUUUCCAAAUAAGCGAUCACGUGACCGUCAUAGUUCGAAUCUUAAUUUACACAGAAAACUUUUGUCGACUAGCGAUAGAAUUGAAGCCUCCCAUCAGAAUCAUGCAGACGAGAAAAGUUUUUCGGACUUUACUAAUCCAUUGCAAGCUGAACUUCUCGCACGUCUUUAUGGUAAUCCCAAAAACUUAAUGAGGCUCGAAGCUUUGAAAAACCAUCUACCGGGAAUGGUUAAUCAGCAAAAUUAUCAAGAAACUCUUUUGAGCUUACCACAUCAAAAGUUUCAACAAUCUGCGGUAAACAAUCCAUUCUUAUUCCCUCAUUUGACGGGUUUGCCCAGUUUAGCCCUCACAUCACAUUUAUUACCACAGCAGCUCAACCACUUUACAUCUUUAUCAUCCUCGCAAAAAAAUCAACUUACACCGCGAUCUCAGUCACCAGCAUCCUUAAGUUCUCCUCUAAACACAAGCAUGCAUUCACCGCAAUCAAACGAUGGCGAUUGUCAACGCUCAGAUUCACUUUCGUGA